AUGCCCGAUCAUCCAACGAGGCCAGGAAUUCGCGGUAUUGACAAUUUAAGAUCGGCUCACUCAAUUGAUCAAGUGCUUCUUCGCUUCUACAAUUGGAGUUUAAGUGACGUCGACUUGAUUUGGAUAGAUUUUGAGGGCCGCCCGAUUCGCUACGCCACUCUCAAGAUCAAGCAGUUUAUUGACAUCACCACCUACGACAAGCACACUUGGGUUUUUCGACGAUCAGAAGACGGAGAAACUUUUCCUUGUCGAACCGGCACCAAAAAGCAGCUAUCCGAGGUUUUCAUAGCUCGUCACACCGAAGAGGAGCGAGGAUUCUAUCUACGAAGGGGUCACCUCAUUGUACGAGACCUUGUGGCCAUCUGUCAGCCAGUGCUCUCUCUUGAAAAGCUCUCCGUGAUAGCUCUAGCUGAAGUUAUCAAUUUUGAUCCGGAACAGUUGCGAAAGUUGCAAAAGAAUAACUUCCUGCCGCUGGAUUGUUUGAAACAAUUACAAGAAUACUUGAUUCAACGCUACACCUAUCGCAGCGUUUACGACCUUGGACCACUGAUUCCUAUGGUGAGCUCCUCUAAAACUUCUGCUACCACUCUUGGUUCGGGAAUUCUUGCUAAAGUGAGAAGUAUUGUUGGGACAACUGAUGUCCCGAAUACAGUUCAUCGUGCGUUGACAGAUAAAUCUAUCGAUUACGCGGAAGCUGGUCAACUUUUGUCGUCAUUUCGUGAAAAUGUCGAUAGGAAAGAUGUUAUCGAGGCAAUCGUGAAAUCUUAUGCACUGCAUUCAACACAAUGCAAGGAUUUGAAUGAAGUUAUGCUCGCUUUUCUUCUCAACCAUUAUCGCUCGAUUGGUGCUCAGACGGCGUGCGAAUUGAUUGAGAAGCUUUGUCUCAUCUUGAAGAAUGACGAGAGUUCAACGAGAAAUGUCUCUUAUCUACUCAAUCACGCGCUCACACAUCUCGCGGUGCUCGAUUCGGAAAGAAUUCGCGAAUGCAUCUUGAAAGAAUUGCCCAGCAUCAUACUCGAGCUGCAUCCUAAACAUAAAGGCGCUUCCUACUUAUUGGCUCGAACUUAUUUCUACUUAAUUGUCUCAGUUGAGCAGUACUUUAAUCGGAGUGCCAGCGACGAAUGGGCGAAGUUGCAAACUUUGAAUAAGGAUCCAUACUUCUCACUCCUAACAACUGCUUUGACAAAUGAUGGCAAGAAAUUGGCUUUACCCGAUUCUUUGGCUAUUGUGGAUGACUGGGAAAUGAGCGCCGAUGCAUUGCUUGCUACCUUGAUAUUGGACCAAUUUGCUUUAUCGGCGUAUGUACCAAAUUGUGAUGAUGCCUUUCGAUUUGCUCUGCAUUUUUAUCUGGAAAAUGGCAAGAUUCAACAGUUAAAGGAGCGCUUGCUUCAUAUCGAUUCAUUCAUUUUCACGGAGUCCGCUAACUUUUGGGAGAUUCUAAUUCAGAAGUUGACCUCUACAUUAGCUUCAGCGUUUUUAAGCUCAAUUCCGUCUGAAUAUCACAGCCAUUUGACAUCAUUAAUCGACUCGGAUGGAGAAGCUCCAAAGAAAAAGAAGCGAUCAGAGUCAACCAAAGCAGCACAAAUUGACUCCAAAUCCCUUGAAUUGUUUUUGAGCGUGCCUAUGACUGUCAUCUCGACUGAUUUUUUGUCGAAAGUUUUGAGUUUUCUACUUGCAUGCACUUGUUCAAACGAUCAAUGCAUGUCUUCGAGUUCAUGGACGAUUCUUUACAAACUUCUUUUAGAGCAAGAGGUAUCGCGAAUUUCAGUGAAUCACAAAUUGUUAAUCUUGUUUAUGACGCAAGAUGAAUUGACUCUUCCGAUGGAUCUGGAACAAUUCGAGAUGUCUCAUGCGUUGAGCUUGUUGAUCUCCUCAUCGAAGAAAACGGCCAAAUCUUUUCUGAAGUCUUUAGAUGAGAUAAAGGAGCCGACGAUAAAGCUUUUGGCUGGAAGCGUCUUAUUGCAUCUUGUUUACAUGGAUCGCAUCGAAGCAAACGAUAUCGAGGCAUCUCUCAUCACAAAUCUCAUCGAGGCCUCAUUUGACGAUGAAAAUCCAGCUCUAUCUGCUUGUAUCUUCCAACCACUCUCCAAAUGGAAAAAGGAGCACGUCACCGCUUGUCUUGGCACGAAAUUUUUCACCCUAAAGUAUCGGAAACGCAUUACUGAAUUGGCGCAUCGAACGAUCAAAUCGGAAUUCAUUGCCUUGAGAAUCAAAAUGGUAGCACUUCAAUUUUUCACUUUGAGAGCCGGAUCGUUGUUUGAAGAUGUUGAAAGCUAUGAAAAAGCACACAUCGAAUCUUUACUUGAUUGGUCACUGUUGGCUCGAUUGGACUCCGAAAUGCGUGUGAUGAUUGCUUCGAAAACUCUUCCAAAUCAAUUAGCCGAUUUCAUUGCCAAACUUCCGGAAGAUCUCAACGACAGCUACAUUAUCGCUUUAAAAGAUCUGCUGUCUCCCAAGCUAAUGAAUUCCUAUGAGUCACUGAAUGAUUUGUUGGAAGAUGCUUUGGCGAAAAGCGUUGGCUCGAAGUUUUUGACUGAGCUGGCCAAUUCGAUACUUGCGAUCAUGCCAAUAAAGAGCCCGAACACUUCAAUCGUUUCUUUAAUCAUGAGCUUGGCGACACAAGAGAUUGUUAUACUUCAGAAAUCUGAUGCCAACGAUAUUCAACGACUGCUAUCGUUUGGAAAGUUGCUACUUUCGUUGAUUCGCUCAGUCCCGCAAGCUAUUCGACACGAUCAAUCCGCUUUAUAUAUGGAUUUACUUGGGUGUUACAUACGAGAAGUUGGAAAGUUUGUGAAACAACUCCCCGAUGAUAAAAUGAUCGCUUCGAUGCGUGAUGUAUGUGAGAGAAUCAUCGCGACACUGGCUUCCCAGGAGAAUUUCUUUGAAAAGACAAUUCCCGGUGUCAUCGCUUCGAGUGUAGUUUAUUGGGAAUCGGCUCCACUCGCUUUUAUACGUCUUUGUUCAAUUAUGAACCCUAAACUUUCGGCUUGCCUUGCCACAAAUCUUCCUCCAGCAGAGAAACGGGCUUUCCAACGUCUCCUCGACUUGGAAUGCAUGGAUAACGCCAACAGCUCGUACGUCUCGGGAUUUGAUACAAGUGUUUCCACGCAUUCAUCAGAUUCUGAUCAAGGCUCAUUGGUCACUUCGCCAAGUGAAAAUCGCAAAUUCUGCAAGUCGAAGGCUUUCUUCGACAAGGUCAUUCUUGAAGCGGACGUUCAAGAAAAAAUCGUCAUUGGAUUGCGCAAAGAGCAAGACGAAUUGCACCAAAAGCGGUUGGAAUCGAUCAAGGCUACGCUGAACGAGGUGAAGAAAGACGAUUGGAAGUAUUCGACGGCCGAUCCGGAGAAGAUUCUUAAAGCGUUGAAAGAGGUGAAUGUUGGUGAGCUUACGUUGCAAAUGGGAGCCAGUGAAUUAUCGGAGAAGGUACGAAAAAUUCUUGGAAGUGAAGAGGGAACGGUGAAGGUCAACGGCUUGUCAAUCAACUUCUUUCAAUACAAAAGCUCGAUUGCCGAGGAAAUUAAGCGAGCCGACUUGGUGAUCGGACACGGGGGAGCGGGAACGGCUUUGGAGGUGCUGAAUGCGGGAAAACCUUUCAUUGCUGUGAUCAACGAUCGUUUGAUGAACAAUCAUCAAAGUGAGUUGGCUGAGAAACUCGCUGAGUUGAAUAACUUGCUGUAUUGCUGCCCUGAUGAGUUGGAUAAAGCGAUUUGUGACCCGAAACUUUUCACUUUGGAACGAUAUCAGUCGCCGCCUUUUAAAAAUGUUGCUCGUUACUUGGAGAAACAGUUGGGAAUUAUU